AUGCGGCAGAAGGCUGAAGAGGAAAUGGAGAAACGACGCCAGGAGGCUGCGGCCCGGCAGCAGGCCAGCAAGGCACCCCAACCAGCGGAGGAUGACUUUGCGACAAAGAUGAUGAAAAAAAUGGGCUGGAAGGAUGGUGCAGGGCUUGGAAAAGAAGGACAGGGCAUGGUCAAUCCGCUGGUCAUGCAAAAGACGGAUCAGAAGACAGGUCGCAUUGUUGAAGGGACGAAGCGCGAGGCGGCUGCUCCGCCCCCUAAUCAGCCAGACGCAAAGCAGGUGGCAGAGGGCAAGAGGGGGCCACCGACACGCGUUCUUCUCCUGACAAACAUGGUUGGUGCCGGGGACGUUGACGAGGACCUCCAAGAGGAGACGGCUGAGGAAGCCAGCAAAUACGGCAAACUCAAGAAGUGUGUCAUCAAAGAGCUUGCCGGCAAACCUGAUGACCAGGCUGUUCGCAUCUUCCUCGAGUACGAGGAUGUUGCAGCGGCUACGAAGGCUUUCGCAGACAUGAACGGGAGAUACUUCGGAGGACGCGUUGUCAAAGCCCGAUUCUUUGAAGAGACGCUGUUCUCUGAGGGACAGCUGGAAGCAGCCUGA